GCGGUUCCCCGGCCCCUUCCCCUCCAGAGCGGGCUCCCGCCGCGGCGGGAGAGGGGAAGGGGGGCUCGGUGCCCGCCCCGCCCGGGGACGGGGAGGGGAGGCGAGGCCGGGCCGGAGGAACGGUUCCGGCCUCCGGGCCGGGGCGGGCGGCGGCCGGCGCUGCCUCUCGCACCCGGCGGAGCGGCAAAGAGGCAGCGGGAGGGCGGGCGCGGAGCCCCCCCCGCCUCCCUCAGUCCCCCUCACCUCACCCGCCGCCGCCAUGGAGAAGCAGCCCGGCGGCGAGGACGACUGCGUGGACUCGGGAGCCGAGACGGGCGGGUCUGAGUACAGCCGUAUGUCCUCUACCAGCAGUGAACUUUCUGUGGAAGGCAUACAAGACCCAUUCCUUGUUAGUGUACAUAUUAUCACAGACCCAGGUGAAUCCAAGACUCUUCAGCAAGCCAUCGAUAAGCUUCUAGCCUGGAUCCAUCCAGACCUCCAGCUGUUUCGAGUCUCAGAAAGACGAGUGCCCAAGAAGCGCAGGAAGCCAGGUAAGGCUGGUGUUUCCCAGCCAGCCCUGGCUGUCAUUCUGUUUCUGCAGGAGGAAUAUGGAGAAGAACCAAUCUUGCAGCUCCACGAGACUUUUCAGCGGCCACCUUGGCAUUACCACCACACAGAGCGAGUGCAUGGGAAGUUCCUCCCUUACAUGCCAUGCAGCCAGGACUUUUACGCUUUGGCUCCAGAGACUCCUCUGUGGGCCAUUCGCCCGGUGCACUACGGGAAAGAAAUUAUCCGCUUCACUAUAUACUGCAGGAGUGAAAACUUUGUUGACAUUUUGAAGUUGUACGAGUUAAUACUGAAAAGACCAGUAUGUCAGAAAAAAGCAGACUUUUGUGUUUUUCCUGUCUAUUCUAACAUGGAAAUAGACAUUCAGUUUUCUUUAAAAAAACUUCCGAAGGGCCAGGUGCCAAUCCCGACAGAGUCAGCAGUGCUGGAGUUCAGAGUAAAAGAUGUGGGGCAGCUUGUGCCUCUCUUGCCCAACCCUUGCAGCCCUAUCAGCGAAGGCAGGUGGCAGACGGAAGACCAUGAUGGAAAUAGGAUCCUUUUGCAGCAAACACGCAGUUGGUGUAGGAAGACUGCAAAGCAGAACAAGCAACCAUAUCCAUCUGUGUCAACAGAUUCCCGCUUCACCACUCUGCCAGGCUUUCUUCCUCAGAGCCACCGAUCUGUCCCUGAACAACCAAAAGAAAUGGGUCAAAACAAGGUACAUCAUGCAAAUGGCCUUGGUCAUUAUCUUGGUUUCUCCCAGCAGGACUUGAGACACAGUGAUCGAGGAGACUUCACACGCAGAUCUAGCAGUGCCUCCAGCAUUUCGUGGUCAUUUCAGCGAAGCAAGUCUCUGUUCUGCUUGCCCACAGUGAGCUGCUCCUCAGCCUCAGAGAUUUUUCAUUUCAGUGAACCAUUUCAGUUUUUCAGUACUGGCUCACCUGCAACCAGGUUAAAAACAUGGAGAUGCAGCCCCAGGCUUAACAUUGACGACUUGGAGGGUGCGCAGGAGACUGAUGUAGACACAGGGAUGAAGCUUUCCUUCUCAGACCUGUCUGUGGUCUCUGCAUACUCUGCCCUUAAUGGAUUUUGCAAUGACUUGGAAGCCUCUCUUCCCCCACAGAAAUGGACUGUCAGUAAGGCUAAAGAGGCAGCCACCGGUGGAAGGCCUGUAUCAGCCAUGUGCAAUACCUUUGAGUCAGCUGAUGGUUCACUGCCUUCUCUUUCUGAAAGGUCUUCCAGCUCAUUUGUGUCAGCAUCUCUCUCCAAGCAGCCCAAACAGUCCUUGAGAGCAGCUCCUUGUUCUCUGGAUGGUCAUGGUAGUGUUUGCCCAGCUUCACCAGCGAACGAAGAAGAGUUUUACAUCUGAGGUUUCUCUAUCUUGCACCUUCCAGGGCAAAUGUGUUCUACUUGUGAAUGACAGCAGUGGGCCCACCUUGAGCUUGCAGAAGGUUCCUUGCUGAGGAGAGGUGAUGCAGCAGAGCAUGCUAAGUAUUUGAAGAAAGCACUCAGAUCGCUCAGAGAUGGGUGUCCCCAAACUAUGUACAGUAAAGCAGCCUGAGCUUGUGCCCUGUACCUUUGUAUUGAAGGAGAUGAUCAGCACAGAGGCUCGUCCAUGGCAGUGCAAGGUGGAUGGUCUCUAUGGCUGACCCUUGGACUGGUGGUGAAGGAAAUGCCAGAAGAGGCAAAUAACAAUCCAGUUUUCUUUGGCAGAAAAUGAAGACUAAUUUGUGACACCAAACUCCUUUAACAUUCCUGAGAAAUUCCCUUAAAUCAGGAAAGAUGGGAGGAGAAAGGGGUCUUCUUUCUCUUUCACAAGUUCCAAAGGCAGCUCAAAGCACAGCAGGUCCCAGCAGCACAUCUCCAGGAGAGUCAGGCAAGACGUUUCCUGCGAGGACACACACAGAUCCUUCUAACCUCGGAGAGCUGGCAGUGCUGAGGCAGGAAAAAGCUUCACUCGUCCCUGGGGAAGAGGAAGCUCUGCUACGUCUCUUACUUUGACAGUCCCAGAUGCAGAAAGUGCCAAAAGGGAAACCUUACCGAACAUUUUCAACCCAUCCCCUCAAAAAGCCCAUCCUUUCCAGUUGGACGGGAGCCUUCUGGGCUAUUGUCUGAACCGCUUGCGUAGACAGUGGUAACCCAAGUGAACAAUGUUUGCUACUUCUAACUCAGGCAAUGCAGGGCUUACCUUUUUGGAAUACAAAACAAGGAAGACAACCCAGCAUUUUUAGAUAUUGCUACACCACUAGUCCCAAAUAUAUGGCAGCUCCCUAUUUUUAAGGGGUUAUUAUUUUUCUGGUAAAAAUAAUUAAUGCAGAAAUUUAUCCUCCAUGUUUCCAGUGCAAGCAUACUUCUUUCUGAGUAAAACACAAUUUUUGUCAAAUACCUCUCUCCAAAGGGAGAACAAGUCAAAUUUUACUGGCUUUUCAAGUGAUGUUUUUAAAAUACACAUUCUUGAUAACCUGUUUUGCUCCAAUUAAUUUGGUAUUUUAAAAAAAAAAAGUAAGCAAAAAGCUGUUAAUAUGACAGCUGAGUACCAUCACCAGGAUUUAAGUUGUAUAUACAGAUUGCAUCAUGCAUGUUCUGAAAAGUUACAUUUUGGGCAGAGAAGUGGUGCUGAUUGCAGCUCUGGUCUAGCCAGUGAGACAAUGACCAUGUUCAAAGGUGUCUGUAUAAUGCUGUAUGUAAGCUAUAUACAGGUACAGAUGCUGAAGACCUACCAUGAUGGCAUUGUGGUGGAUGGAAUAAAAAUGCAUUUGUGGAGAAAAAUGUUUGCUAUAUUACCAGGUAGUUUUACUCAGAAGAAUUGCUGCUUUGAAAAAAUAAAACAACAACAAACUCAAACAAACAAACAAACAAAACACCAAAAAAAGCACACACAUACUCUAAAUAAUAGUUACAAAAAGUGGAACAGCUCUCCUGGCCCAUUUAAGUAAAUGCACAGUUUGUACAAACAAUUCUGGAAGAAAGCUUGGGGGAAAUUGAGUACGGGUUUAUCGGGGAGGAGGGGGGAUCCCAUUAAACCUGCACCCCCAAUCCAGAAGAGGCCAGAGGGAUAGUCAAGAGUCAGGAUGCUUCUCCUCAAGGGUUCUUCCUUUUGCUGUCAUUUUCUGCACACAGGGAAAGAGGCAUCAGGCUGAAGUCCCAGUCUCCUCUUUGUCAGAUGCUAUCAUAGCAAAUACCAGAGGCAGACCUUGUCUUUUGUGCUAAACACAAUGUAUAAAUAGGAAAAUCUAUUCAAGCUAUAAGAGCACAGGAGGGUAUCAGCCUCCUCCUGCCCUCCAAACUGUUCGGGCUUACUGCAGUUUUGGGUAAACUGUUCUCUUAAGAAAUGUCUGGGACCAGAAAUGGCACCAGUGGAGGAUUUGUCAUGGCGUGCAUGUGUUUACCUGCUCUACACUCCUUCAGAGUCCACGUAGUCUUUCCUCUGACUUUCAUGGCCUCUGGAUCAAGGCCCCUCUGAACGCAGCAGACCCAAUUUAUCCAAAGUUGUGCUCCAUGUUAUUGCUUGUACCUGGUCAAAAUCCUUGUGAAACACUGUGAGGUCAGACCAGCAGCUUUUUUUCCAUCAGCUUGCAAUUCACCAUACAAACAGCAAUGCCUAGGACAGUCAGGCUCUGCAAGUUUAAACUUAUGAUUCAUUAUUUUCUGUCAUAUUCAUGGUAGUACAAAAAUAAAUGAUGGAAUAGCAUUGUAUAUUUAUGGGACAGACAUUUUAUCAACACUAGACACUUGCAGAUAGGACAACCAACAGGAUAAAUUUGGUUCAAAUCUGUGAAAAACUUUAGUAUUCAUUAUUUGGAACAGGAAAAAAAAAAAGCCUUUUCACAAUAUUUUAAUAAUAUAGAUAACAUUUGAUCUGAACAUGAGAUCAAAAACUAGUUUGAGCUGAUGUGUCUGUCUGAUCCUGGAAUCACGCCAACAUCCAGGCUCCUGACAAAAGCUGAUUGGGGCUUUUAACGAAGAGGAGGCUUUGAAACAUCUUUCUGCCUGGAGUGUGCCUCUGCAAGAAGGAGUUCAGCAGGUCUGGGGGCCGUCUCCCAACGCGGUGGGAAGCACUGGUCCUGGAGAUCUGCAAACAAGCACAGGAUAGCUCCAGUGUCAGUCGUGAGGCUCAUGCGUGGCAUUAACCGGCAGCUCUGCAAACAUCUCAGCUCCAGGUUUUACCAUGUUAAUCCUAAUGGGAAGAAAGCCAAAUGAGCUUCCACGGGCUCUGGAUUUAUGCUGUUUCCACUGGUUCUGUCUCCAGGUCUUUCGGUUCUGUUUACUGAUACUUAAAUAGAAAUGAAAGGUUUAAUUGUUUACAUUCAUGGUGCUUGUAACCAAAUUUUGGAAUAACUGAGUGUCCUACUGUCAGGAAAAACAGAGGUGAUGAUAGUGUACAGAAAACUUUGUGUCUAUAAUGGAGACAGACAGAUUUUUGAAGAGUGUUUCACUGAAGGUAGGCUUCAUUAAUUGUCUUCCCAUUAUUUAAGAAGGGGCUGAUGUCUUCAGAGAGUUGAAUAUGCACAAGUUUCAUGGCAUUUACUUAUUGUUUUGGUUAAAUUAUGGACAAUGUCAUUUGAGAACUGCAGGUUUUCCCUGAACUUUCUCUCCUUCUCACCCCAGAAUGCAUUGUUUCUGUGAAAUAAAAUAGAGAUGAAAAGUCA